CACACACACACACACACACACACACACUCGUCCUGCAGGCUCGUCUCUCCGCCCAACUCGGAUUUCUCUUCGGAUCCUGGCCGCUCCUUCAUCUCAGCACGGCAGGGGAGGGGCACCCAGCAAACUGCCCAACCCAUCUACCUCACCCCUGUCCGGGAGGGGCAGGCAGGCAGGCAGGCAGGACGUGUGCUCGCUUCGGUUGCUCUGUGUGGACUGUAUUUGCAGAGAGAUUGCGCCGCGAGUGCAAAGCUGCAGCGGCGACUCUUGGUUCCAGCUCUUCAAGCCAUAUCUUCAGUGGGGGAGGGAGGGAAGGGGUAUUGGGGAGGGAGGAAAGAUGCUGUGACUGAUUGACUGGAUGCUGUCGCCUCGGGAAUCUCCAGCCGGUCUUGUUCUACUCCCAGUAACUGAAUACAUAUAAUUUAAAACAUCGAUCUCUCUCACACACCUCACCGCCACCAGCUCUCACCACGCCGUUACUUCAGGCUCUGCACCGACUUUUUUUUUUGCUGAUUGUUGCCCCAGUUGCAUACAGAUUGCGGACUUAACCUCGUUUUACAGAACUUUGCGCCAAUCUCAUGCCCUGCUGACAGUGAUUCCGGGAAUUCGUCGUUGUUUUAUUUGAUUUCACAGACGACUGCCUCAAACAUCGUGUUCCAAUGAAUUAAUAUCUCCAUCAGGUCUCUGUUGCUUUGAAGUGGUUUGCACAGUUGCAGGUAUUUCAUUCCCAUUUCCUGCUACAGUUUUGGACUUUGUCUCCCCGAUUCUGGACUUUGAUUUAUCUGAAGACAUUUGGUUUGAGUGUGGGCAUCUGAAGCUGUGUAACUUUGGAAGAGUAGAGAGAGACAGAGAGACUUAAAGGGCGGGUUCUUCUCAUCCUCUCCGCAGUCAUGAUCAACACGGAGAUACUUGUCGUAUUCCUGCUGCUCUGGAUGUGUGUUUGGUCUCAGGAGUCCGGCAAAGUGGUGGCCGACCGGUACGCCGUCUACUGGAACAGCACCAACCCAAGGUUCAUGAAAGGAGAUUUCCACAUUGAAGUUUGCAUCAAUGAUUACUUAGAUGUUUUCUGCCCCCAUUACGACGAGUCCAUGUCAGAUGACAAGACGGAGCGCUACGUUCUCUACAUGGUGAAUUACGAUGGCUACAGCUCGUGCGAUCACACCUCCAAAGGGUUCAAGAGAUGGGAGUGUAACAGGCCUCAUGCAGCCAAUGGCCCCUUAAAAUUCUCUGAAAAGUUCCAGCUGUUUACUCCAUUUUCAUUAGGAUUUGAAUUCAGACCUGGCCGAGAAUAUUACUACAUCUCUUCGGCUAUUCCAGAUAACGGCAAGAAGAAUUGUUUAAAAUUGAAAGUCCUCGUGCGACAAACAAAUGAUACCAUCCAUGAAGCGGAGCCAUCGCGAGGUGACAAUGAUGCUCAAACAGCCAGGAUAUCCCCGCUACUUUUGGCAACUGUACUAUUACUUUUCUUGAUGCGUUCAACAUUGUAGUGCUCAAAAAUACAAGGAACCUCUGACACAGCAUGGCUGGAUCAGGAAACAUCACGAAUUCUGUAACUGCACUUUUGAAGAGGGGGACAUUCAGUUAAUCCAGGCAUAAGAUUUAUUUUCUGUCCGGAGAGUAGAGAGUAAUUAAGAGGGAUGAUGCGUCCAAACUGAUAAAACCCCUGCAAAAAUGCCAAAUUAUAUUUUGAGACUAAUGAAUCUUAUUUUCCUGUGCAUUUCUUCUUUCAAAGUACCCUGAGGUGGUUUGGCUCUUGUCAUCCAAGUGCAGAUGAGAAACAGUAGUGGCAGAUGCAGUGACUGAAGAAUAAGAAUAUUGAGCAGAAGUCCAAGAGGGAUUUAGUCCUCCAUGCAAUAUUUAUACCUUAUCACUCAGUACCGUAAGAUGAUCACGCAAGGCAUCGAGUCACCAUGUCAGAACUUUAGGGGAGAUAUUACAAAUAGAUAUAACCCCAUCCCUCUUGGGACUUAUAAUUUAACAUGUGUCUGAAGAGAGGGUUCCUGUGCUUGUGCAGUAGCUAAUAUGGUCUGUAAUAUUUUGUAUUUUCCGCACAUUUCUUGUUUCAUGAGCUCUUGGCAGGGCUUUGCAUUUUUGUAGGAGAUGAGUGUACUUUAAAUAGCCUUUGAAAAAAUUGGGAAUCACCACAGAACUGAAGAGUGGUGCAAUUUGCAAAGGCUUCUAGCAUAACGCUGAACCAUGUGAGAAACACAAAUAUAAAGGUAGAUUAGAAAUGCUGGUUUCAUUUGUAACAAGGAUAGUUUUCAUGUGAAUAAGGAUAGACAUUGUGAAUAACAUAACGGUUUGGAAUUUAUUUUAACACCAUAUUCAACAAGUGAAAAGGUAAUGAACUGAGAAUGUAAAAUACUGCAUUUUUUAUUUCCUGUAAAACUGGAUUGCGAUCCACUCUGUAAUAGUGAUGGAACAAUUGUAUAUUUUUCUGACAGCUGUAAACUUCAGUUUAUUAUUUGACCAAUUAAUUUCUGGCUGUUUAGACAGGACGUUGCCAACAUGCUUUGAUAAUGAAUAAAUUCAAUAUGAAACAAUUACUAUUACAUACUUGGAGGAUCAAACACAAACUGGACACCCCUGUUGUUAUGGAAGACAUUUGAGACCUACAACUUUUUGCUUGUUUGUUUUUAGUUGCCUUUUUUAAAGCAGGGAAAAAAGGAUCAGUCUGUUCAGUGGAUACUGUGUAUCCUGUAAUAGUCUAUAACAUUAGUGUUAGCUUAGUACAUUGAUUUGUACCUUUUAUUGGAGGGCAAAAGGAAAAAAUACAUUGUUUAAAUUCUGUAUUAUUAGCAACCUAUGUUGUAAAUAGUGUUUGAUAAAGUAUUAAUUCCAAUUCUUACACCUUUUAUAAUUGAAUACAAUAGAAUUUCUGGAUUUGAUUGAGCAGUUUAAGCAAACAGAUCUAUGUUGGAUUUGAAGAUGUGUUUCAACAAACAGUACUGAUAGUGGCUACAUGGAUUGUGUAAACGCUACACACGGCUGGAAGCGCAGGAGGUGCAGCCUGCACAUUGCUUAACUCGAUGAACAGGAGGGAAGCAAAAAACUGUGACUUGACAUUCAACGUAUUGGUCCUAAAUGUUUAGGAGGUGUGAAGAAAGUCGCUUGAUUGGUGUACUUGAUUGUUUUUGUUCUCCCUGCCCCGGAAAUGAAGUGAAUAUUUUACGGAAAGAUCUUGCCUGCGUCCGCCUGGUAUACACAUGGAAUCCAGUAAGAAAAAGAAAGUUUGCCCGGUAUAGUUUUGUAAAUCGUGUCUCCUGCUUUCUCCCUCUUUGUGUGGAAUCGGCUCCUCCCAGGGACAGGAGUAGGGGUGCACCCUGUACCUGUCACCAAUCAGUCACACUUUACUGACCUACCUUGCAAUGUGGAAUGGAAAUGGUUCGAUAAAUUUGGAAGCAUAGAAAUUAAUCCACUCCCCUUUUAUUCACUCCACGUAGAUCAGCUGUUCCCUGCUUUCAUCCAAGCCUUCAUUGAGCGGUGAAUGGGUAAAUCUGUUCUAUUUGGCAACUCCGAGUUUUUCCCAUGCAUUAGCCCCCAAACUGUUCUGAUGCGAGACGAAUCUUCUUACAAUCGCGUUGCUGCCAUUGUCUGUACAGUUUAAUAAAUGCUGGCAUGCUGAAGGUUACUCAUGGAGUCUGCUAAAUCUGUUUUAGAUGCUUACUCUUGACACUCCGUCAGAGUCACUCAUUGUUUGUGCGUCUGGAUAUUAGAGUCCAGCCAUUGUCGUCCUGUGCCUGUAUUGCCCUGCUCAAGAAGCGCUUGAAAUGCAGAUUCUUUGCACUUAUUGAAGAGUGCUUUUUUGACAUGCUUGUAAGUGAAAGAAACAAACCUAUGGUAUUCUGCCAUGUGGAUACUCUAUACAUCUGUUUUGUAUAUACACGUGUCUGAGCAGCUAUACAUAAAUAAAACUAAAGAUGUUCAUCA